AUGUUUUCUUUCUCCGAUGAUGAGGCUGCUGAUAUUUUUGGCACAAAUCAACAGGUUCUUCCGCAAAUUCUUGAUGUUACCGAAGAGGAAAAGAAAGACGUUUUGCGUGUUCCAAAACUACAGCUAAACGGAUUUUUGAGUGCCGAGAAAACCCCGAUUCGCUGCCCGAAGAACCGCCGCGAACGCCGAUAUUCGAGAACUUGUGGAGCGCCAACACGACGGCAAUGCCAGAGCGUCGAGAUCAUUUUUGCGAGCACCACGCAAUCAAACUGCAUUUGGUUUACAAUUCCGCCAAAACUCAAGGUUCGGUCGGAAUCCAGCAGCUAUCUCAUCGCAUAG